AUGCACACGGCGGCGCUGACCGCCGCCCCCCGCGCCCGCGCCCCGCUCCCGCCGCCGCCCCCCGCGCCCCUCGCCCUCGGCCGCCUCCGCUCCCGCCGCCGCCGGAGCCCGAGCCCCGCCAGCUCGGCCGCCGCCCUCCCGCGGCGCCGCCCGUGCCCCCGCCGCGCCCGCCGCCAGAGCGCUGAGGCCCGGCCGAGGCCCCAGACUGCGGGCGGCCGCGAGAGGCCGGCGCUGCCGGCGCUCGGCAGCCGCCGCCGCCGCCGCCGCCAUCCACCGGAGAGCGCGGGCCGUGGCCGCCGCCUCCGCCCGCCGUGCCGCCUCCGCAGCCGCCGCCGCCGCGGCCACGACCCGCCCGCGUCACGCGCGCCGCCCCGCCAGGAGCCGGCGGAGACACCGGCCCAAGAUGCUGGAGGGGAUCCGGGUUACCGGACAAACUUGGUAACAAGUACAGCUUUCCCAGCGUGGAGAGGGCUGCCUCCGGAGCAGGCUUCUCCCUCAUGGGGGUCUUCAGGCAAAGAAAAGCUUCACUGGCCUGAGCAAGAAUCGACUAACACGUCCCUUCUGAGCCCUGGAGAGAAACUGAUCAUUGACUGUGAAAACAACAUUUCACAAUUGGCCUCCGGAAUACUAAAAGACAUUUUCACGACUGGAACCAGUAGCUACAAUGUCCUGCUCCAGUCCAAAGAGGAGAAAAAGAACCAGCUCCAAAAGCCGUCAUCCCCAUCCCACCACCGACGGCACCGAAAGCCCAGCCGGUCCCCUGGCUCCCCUCGUGGGAAGGAGCAGCAUCGCCACAAGAUCAAGGUGCCCAUGCCCCUGACCAACAACAGCUGGUGUUACCUGAACAAGCAGCCCUCCAUCUUUGUCAAUAACCCACUCCCCGGCAAUGUCAAGUUCUCCAGCAGCUUCAGCGUGAGGGGAAGCACCUUGACCCCGAAGCCCAAGACCAAGGCCAGGCAGCACUGCUUCUCCACACUGGCCAAGCCCAAGCAGCUUCCUACGGUGCCCAAGAACUUUGAGAAGGGAGAUGACCCUGCUAAGAAACUCUGCAUCCUGACGGCCAUCAAGCCCACCAACCUGGAGAGAGAAAAAGCCAAGUUCUUCAAGGCGGACUUUGCUUAUGACCCUCAGUUUGAAUAUGCCAACCCCACUGUGCCCGCCGUGCUGGCUAAGCAUGGCCAGGCAUCUGAUCGCUUCCUGAAACAGUCUGUCAAUAUUAUGGAAAGAACUUUACAGAGAUAUGGAAGUUAUGAAAACUUUGAACAGGCUACCGGAGGUUGCUUAUUGUCUAAAACUCGCAUCUGGAGUCACGUGAGGAAGUACAUGACCAAGGAAGGCUGCCUUGGGGAGAUUGUGGUUCACCUCACUGAAGAUCUGCUGUCCCGAGCGUCAAUGACAGUGGUCAACGGCUGUCCAACCCUGACCAUCAACGUGUCCACUGCCCGUGAGCACUGGCUGGAGGGGAUGCUGAGGCAUGAAAUAGGCACACACUACUUUCGUGGGAUUAACAAUCUUCAGCAGCCAUGGAGCAAUUGGACAGGCCGUAAAAAAUACGGUCUUCGGCCCAAUAACCCCACUGAGGAAGGGCUGGCGAGCAUCCACAGCGUGCUCUUCCGAAAGGACCCCCUUCUAUGGCGGGCUGCUCUCCUCUACUACACAGUCUACCAGGCCAGCCAGAUGUCCUUCAGUGAACUCUUCCAGGACGUCGGAAAGUUUGUCAAGGACCCCAACACGAGGUGGGAUUACUGUGUACGAGCCAAAAGGGGCUGGACUGACACUUCCCAGCCAGGUUGUUUCAAUAAAGACCAGGUCUACCUGGAUGGCAUUCUCCAAAUCCUGAGAUACAGAGAAUCCAUCGACUUCCACUUGCUGACCACCCUGGGCAAGGUGUCCUUUGAGGACGUGGACCGCUUGAAAACACUGGCCGUCACUGAGAACCUGAGGGUCCCGCAUUUCCUGCAAGACAAUGAACGGUACAUGGAGCAGUUACAGAAAAUCAUGGAUGUGAAUGAGCUGACUGACAAGGAGCUCCAAGAUCUCAUCUACUAGCUGCUGCUCAGCCCCUGGAGCUCGCGGACACGCCCCGGACUGGGCGCGGUCAGACACUUUAUAAAGCAAAGCAGGGAUUUAUUGCGAGAUUUUGGUGAGGACAAUCUGCAGUAUUCAGCAAUGUUUUUUAAGUGCUUUAAAAUACAAACCUGAAACAAUUUCCCAGAAAUGUUUCUUUAAGGGGGGCAAAGUUCACUCUUCUUGGUUCCCAUCUCAGUCUAACAGUCGGCCUUCCAGGGUCCAGGCUUCCGAGGACCCAAGGCCAGCUGGGGCUAGAGUUCAGACGUUGACUUCUCUUGUCUGGAGACAGUUUGUGUGGAAGACGUUUGCUUUGCUGGCUCCAGACCCACUUGUGUGUUGUGGUGGAGGGCCAGAGGGGCUGAGUGGCCUCAGUUUUACCUCCUGGGAGGUAAAUGAAGGAAUUUUGCCUCCAUCUCCCUUAGUUUCUUAACUAAGCAGGUGUUUUCCUUCCCAGCACCAUGAGCAAGGCUGCCCCUUCUC